AUGAGCCAGGAGCAGCCCAUCCGUUACGGGGACGUAUUCCUCGGAGUGCAGGGGGAGCUGGCGGAGGAGGCCGUCGCCUCCGGAGACGCGGCCCUCAUGCAGAGCGCCGAGAAUAUCGCCACAGGGAAGACCUUGAAGGGCGGCCCCGCCGCCGUCAUGCAGUCUGCCGCCGCCCGAAAUGAGCGCACCGGCCACGUUGGCCAUGGCCAGGUCAGCGGCUUCGUCUCUGAGCAAGGCGUCGGCGUUGUCGAGACCAACGUUCCCGGCCGUCAUACUGUCACUGAGACCAUCGGCGACCAGGUAUAGAGUUCUCGGCUUCUCUCUUGCUUCUAUUCUAUUUCUUCUCUCUCUCUCUCUGUGUCUGUAUUGUCGUCGUUGCAGACUGUGGGUGGGUACGAGAUGCCCACCCCGUUGGCGUCUGGUUGUCCGGCGGAGGUCUUGGGUUCGGGCAAGUUGACAAUCGGAGAGGCCCUUGAGGCGGCUGCUCUAUCGGAGGGGGAGAAGCUGGUAGACCGGAGCGACGCGGCGGCGAUUCAGGCGGCGGAGAUGAGGGCGACGGGGCUGAACGAGACGCUGCCCGGAGGGGUGGGAGCGCAGGCGCAGUCGGCGGCGAGUAUCAACGCUCGCGUGCCGCCGGCUUCUUCUGAAAGAACCACCCUGGGAGAAGUCCUCUCGGUGCCCUCUCUUCCUCCCAAAUCUUUUCUUCAGUUCGACGAUCCGGUCCAUCCAGGACCACCGUCCAUUGUCGUACACUUACACUACCGCCGGCGGCGAUGCAGGACGCGUCAAUGAAGCUACCGGCGGACAAGCCGGUGACGAGGGAGGACGCGGAGAGGGUGGCGAGAGCGGAGAUGAGGAACAACCCGGCCAUGACAACUCACCCCACCGGCGUGGCAGCGUCCGUAGAAGCGGCAGCGAGGUUGAACGAGAACGCAGAUGUCUAG